CAUCCAUCAGCAACCGCCGGCGUCUCGCAACGGCCCAUCGCGCGCAGUCGAACGGCCCAGCCGAGGAGGAGCACGCCGCCGCGAGAAGCCCGCUGACGUCCGUCCACCACAGCGAGAAGCCUUCCUACCGCCGAUGUCCCCCCGUCGCACGCAUCAGACGAAUUGCAAUACCACUGUUUCCCUCCUCUCUUUCGACUAGCAUUCACCGUGACCCGCCACAGCAAAGCGCCGAGAUUUGUCGGAGACGCGCGGCCUGACGCCGACACGAGCGAGCAACCGGUCGAGUAGCCACCUCCUUUCUCCGGCACCAACUCGCGAGCCUACAAUCCCCGCCAGGCCUCAGUCCGUUCACCAACGGCUGAGAUCCACCGUGGGCGAGAAUAUCCGUGAGCAGAUUCGCCCAGCAAUCGCGAGAGCCACAGCGAAGUCCCGUCGGGCCUCCGUACGCUCUCUCACAGCAGCGAACCACCGUUGCGAGCCUCUUACCGCCGUUCAGCCGCGGUUAUCCACCCUCUGCCGCCGCUGUCCGAGCCCCAGUAGACAGCAGUUGCGAGCCGAGGCGGACCCCAGUUUGUGAUCGUUUAAUCCCACAUUCAAAUAUGGAAAUCAAUGAACAGCAAGUCACCGUGUGUUGCAGAUUCGUACAGCCCCUUUCAGAUCCUACCGUCCUCGCGUGUAGAUUCCAUGGCAAGAUAGCAAAGAGGAGAGAGAAAUUGUUGAAUUACAUGCUCUUGCUGAGUGUAACACCGAGACUGCCAAACCUGUUCAUCAAUUUGGCAUCGCCAAUUGUGGAAAUACCGUUUCAUGUUUUCUUUCUGGCAACUGUUGGCCUCAUUCCAGCUUCCUAUAUUACUGUUAGAGGUGGGCUUGCUCUUGGAGAACUGAAGCUGGUGAAAGAUCUAUACGAUUUAAAGACAUUGGUGGUACUGUUCCUCAUCGGGUCAAUUUUAUUGUUGCCGACCCUUUUGAAGAGGAAACGAAUAUAUGAACAAAGCUUGUUCUUUUACAAUUCCUCCCGUGUUUUUGUGAAGAAAGGGGAGUGAUUACGUGUAACAUUUGCUUUUGUAACGGUACAUUAUCAUCUACUGUGAGAUAACAGCCCUAGUUUUAGGUGGUCUAACGCUUGAAGUAUUGAAUUUGAACCGAUAUACAUUGUAAUUCAUUCACAGGGAAAGAAAUCUGGAAUCUGUACUUUUCUGAAUAUCAGAAAUUAUAUACUUAACUAAUACACUGGCAGGUUGAGAUAUAUA